AGACGGCCGCGGCCGCGGGACGCGCACGAUGGUUCGCGCACUGCUGCGUGCGCUGCCGCGGCUCCUCGUGCUGGGGCUCGGGCUGGCGCUGCUGGGCGCGGCGGCCGGGGAGCGAGUGCCAGGCACCACCCCCUGCUCUCGCGGCAGCUCCUGGAGCGCGGACCUCGACAAGUGCAUGGACUGCGCGUCGUGCCCGGCACGACCGAACAGCGACUUCUGCCUGGGUUGCGCUGCAGCCCCUCCAGCCUCCUUCCCACUGCUGUGGCCCAUCUUGGGGGGUGCUCUGAGCCUAGCCCUCGUGCUGGGACUGCUUUCUGGCUUCUUGGUCUGGAGACGGUGUCGCAGGAGAGAGAAGUUUACUACCCCCAUCGAGGAGACCGGCGGGGAGGGCUGUCCUGGUGUGGCACUGAUCCAGUGACAGUGAGAGACCUUGCCCGCAGGAGGCCCCACCCAGUUAUCAUCCAUUCAUCCAUCCAUUCAUUCAUUCAUUCUGGAGCCAGCCCCCUCACCAGAGACACAGCCAGAGCCAGACUCUUCCAACCACAAGGGUGUGGAGGGAUGGGGGACUGGUGAAUCAGCUCUCCGAGGCCUGGACCCAGGCUUCAGAGGAGCCUUCCAAGGUGUCUGAC